AUGUCGGUUUCGAGAGCUGUUUCCUCGAGAUUUAUCUGCAAUUCCUGCUUAAAGGCAAACGCACGUCCAUCGCCAAUAAUACCAAAGACCAACCGCAUAACAUCUCGCGCCUCGCCUCUGAAACCUCCACAAUGCGCAUUCAGCACGAGCCUGUCUCGAAGAUCGCAAAAAGACAAUUCUUCAGCUGAAGACCCUGAAUUCGCUUUUCUAAGCAAUAAUGAAAAACAAACGACAUCCAAUUCCGAAGCACACGACCCUGCGACAGAUUCCUUCGGCAAUCUAGAACAGGCUACGCCAACGCCUUCCACACAAGAUGCCUCUAUUCCAUGGUAUCUCAAACAGCAAUCAUCCGUACAAUUGCCGGUCCAACAACCCGCCGAGAUACCCGCGCUCCCAAAAAAUCCCCCACCACUCCUCGAAACCCUCCUCGACUACAUUUCCGUCACAGCUGGUCUAGACGAUCUAGAGCUUCUCGACCUACGGCACCUCGACCCCCCACCAGCGCUCGGCCCCAAGCUGAUCAUGAUCAUCGCAACAGCCAGGUCAGAAAAGCACUUACAUGUGGCAGCAGACAGGUUCUGUCGGUACCUACGGAGAGAGCACGGUUUGAAGGCAAACGCCGCAGGACUGCUUGGCCGGAACGAGCUGAAGAUCAAGUUGAGGCGCAAGGCAAAACGAAUGCGUAUGCUGGCGAAUAUUGGCGGAGCGAUACCAGAAGGCAAUAUCGACGACGGUAUUCGCACGGGCUGGAUCUGCUGUACGUUGGGCAAACUAGAAGCGCAUCCAGAAGAUACACAUAUGCCCGGCGACAAUGUACAAGAGUUUGUCGGGUUCAGGGACGUCAAGCCAGGUGUUAAUGUGGUGGUGCAAAUGUUUACCGAGGAGAAGAGAGCGGAAACGGAUUUGGAGACGCUGUGGGGUGGUGUUGUGAGAACGCACCAGAGGAAGAUGAAGACGGCUGAUGAGGCGCUUAAGGAGCUGGAGGAUGAUAUAGAAGAUCUUGAGGAAGAGGAUGGAGAGUAUAUUGAGUAUGAAACACGGCGUACACCGCGUGGAGUGAGUAAGCAGCCUACUGAGACGAGUCGACAUGUUACUCCUCCAACUCCAGCACGGCAGAUGCAUAGACCGCGGCCAACUGCUGGAGAUGUCUUCCCACCCGCUUCAGCUCCAGAAACCCGGAAGCAAAUACGUAGGCUGCACACUGUCGGGCUGUAG